AAAAGAACAGCGGGAUGCGGGUUUGGCGUUAAUCAGUUCUCGCAGCAGAAACAAUCGUCUUUUGAGGGAAGGAAGAAGAUAUCCUGUAAAGUUUGCUUCUUCGAUAGCUUCCCUGCAGUGGAAAAAGAUUGUCUUCUCUCUCUCUCUUAUCUACGAGCGGUGAUUUGCAAAACAAACAAUGGUGGAAGUAGCUACUGUUGAUACGUUAUCCAAAGAGGUUAGCCGAGUAUCAACAAUGAAUGACGAAGCAGCGUUUGAGAAGCCGGCUACUAUUUUGCCGCCAUCUCUGAUGGUAGAUGAUGCCGAUGAUGAUUCCUCGAAUCCAAGUGAGGAGGGGGGAGCGAACAUGUCAGAUUCGGAUCCGAAAGAUUCCGGAAUCGACUGCAGUAGUUCUGAACACGGUGCGGUUGAGUCUCUUGAUGAGGAAACUGCUACAACUAUCAUGAAAACUGUAGAAUUCUAUCUUUCGGAUACCAACAUUCUGAAAGAUCCAUUCUUACUGAAGCAUGUUCGGCGCAACAAGGAAGGUUACGUCAGUGUGAAGCUUCUGGCAUCUUUCCGGAAAGUGCGGACUCUCUGCCGAAAUUGGAAAGCUGUGGCUCAAAGCGUGCAAAAAUCUCAGCUGCUGGCUCUCAACGACGAAGGGACGAAAGUCAGACGACUGUCUCCGCUGCCAGACCACGACGAAACUGUCACUUCGAGAUCGGUGAUAGUUCAUGGAUUCAGCACAGACAAGCCGUCUGUGGAUUCCGUCAGCGAAAUGUUUUCAAAAUGCGGUGACAUCGCCCUGGUGAGGAUCCUGAGGCCCGGAGGUUCCGUUCCAACAGAUGUGAAACGGUUCCUUUCCAAAAACCCCGACAUCCAAUCCAAAAUUUGCGCUCUGGUGGAAUUCGAAGAGCAUGCUUCUGCCAAGAAAGCCUUGGACAUUAUCCAGUCAUCCGAAAUAAAAGUUGUUCCUCUGUUGAUGAAAGAAAAGAAUAAGACUGAGAGCCCUAAAAAAGUACAGAAGAGUACAACCGACAGCGAUGAGAAAAAAUCCGAGCCCACAACACCAGCGAAAGAGAGUCCGAAGAAGAAAAAGAAGAAUAGGAAAUCUUCGAGUGACGAUAGAAAAAUCGCAGAAAACGCAAAGAACUUGAGCAUUGACGACUUGAAAAGAAACAGGCGAAGUGGGUCCAUGAGUUCUCAAAGUUCCGGUUAUCUUUCUUCAUCGCCUGUUAACAACCAAGGAAACUUCUUGGAGGGAAAGUACCCGCGCAGGCACAGCUUCAAUCCUUCCAUCUACAACGAUCCAAAUUCAUCUUUCGCAUCUUUGAGCAGUAGGUACAAUGGAUCCAGAGAUCGUCUGCAGAAAACCGGGAUCGCGGAGGCUACUUCGACCGGGUUGAGCCCAUGGCGUAGGCGGAAAGAGCAGAUGAUGCAGUCCGACACCAACUUGUCUUCCACGACGACCCCAUCUGGUGCUCUGCUGCAGAGUCUUCCAGUAAAAACCAUUCGAUCGCCCAAAGGUCCAGAUGGCACAAAAGGUUUCAGCCCUGUGGUGAGAUCUAGGCUCCCAUCCACAGCAGAAGAAACUCUCCCAGCUCAGAUAGCUCCUUUAAUUAGUUGCAAAAAUUGAACUUUUUUUUUAAGAAGAAAAAAGGAAGAAGUAUUAGAUGCCAAUAAAUAGCAGAUGUAGCUCAAAAAUGGUCAAAAAUAUCAUCUUUAGAAUUCAGGUAAAAUUUCUUUCAAUUUCUUCUUCAUCGAAGAAAUCUUACGAAAGUAUAAAAUUCAUUUAAAUGUUUAUGAUCGUUACAAUAUUUUGUGCAAAUAGACUGAGCAUUUUUGCAUUUAGAAGGACUUUAAAAUGUACUGUAUUUCAUAUAUUUCACCUGAACCUGUAUAGUAUAUAUCUUUGUUAGGUACCACUGCCUUAUUUUCCUCCCUUUUGUUACUUAAGCAUAGAUAUUUUCAUCAGUUAUUUCAUACGAGUAUUAAAAGAAGAAAAAAAAAACAUUAUUUCAUUACAUAAAAUUGACUUAAAAUAAUAUCUAUUUUAAAUGCUCAACACUUCUUAGAUCUGAAGAGUGAAUGUGACAUUUAAAACAUUUUUAAAUCAUGGGGAAGGGCUUAUUUCUUUUCAUUCUUGUGAAAAUGUUUAUUAUAAGAAAUCGUGUCAACAAACAUUCAUCCUAUAAACGUUGUUAAAUUAAAUUAUUUCCGUAAAAAAUUUUUCAUACUUUAUUCAGGGUCCGAAUAAAGUACGUAUGCAUGUUUGUUGCAACGUCCUGAUUAUUGUUAUUCUGUAUAAAUGCUUCAUUGAUUAAGAGAUGGUAUUUUCAUGACCGUACCCCCACCUAUCAUACAUUUCAUUGCCAUUGCUCACUGUGAAUGUAUUACAAAAUGAUGCAUCACAAAGAAGGUUAAUCAGUAUUUUCGUUUUGUACAUAAUGUGAAUACAAAUCGUUAAAUGUUUGUUGAUUAUUUAAAUGUUUAUAUUUUCUUUUUCUUACGUUUCUAGAUAUUUUUGUUACAACACUUGCAAGCCUUUUUGCUUGCGUAAGUCUCAUAUUUGUGUGCGUGUAUGCUGAAAAGAUAAAUAAAAUCUUGUUUACUGAAUCAA